AUGAAUGUCGACGACCAUGCCAUGCCCUCUGGGCAGCACUACAGUGCCACCAACCGGGUGCCCAAUAUCCAGGAGUUUAUGCAACGCCUUGACUCUGAAAAAAAGCAGCGAGACGCCGAGAUCGAUGCCGAGCUAAGGCGCAAUAAGCGUAAUCCAGAUGUCAAGAUUCAUCGCAAUGAGCUCCUCGAGAAAAAGGGCACUCGCAAAGUGCGCGAUCCAGUGACGGGAAAAGAUGUUGAGAUUCGCGAUGCCGACAUGGACUUUGAAGAAGCAGUGGAAAACCCGCAAAUGUCUGUUCCCAACGGGAACUUGGGUAAACAUGCCACAAUAGCCACCUCAUCUCAACAAUCUGGAGAAGAAUAUCGCUAUGCUCAGGAUGUGACUGCGCCUCCCGACCCAAUUCAAGAGGGGUCAACUUCCGAUGUGCCUAUUCGCAGUGAAAAGACGUCCGUCUUGUUUUACAAAACUCCAUCAGUCAGCUAUGAACCAAUGUUUACCGCCCUUGAGAUGCGGUCAAAUCUCCUAUGUGCUGGAAUUUUCAUGGGUAUUGUCUUCUUUGGGAGGUUGUUUGGCGGUCGACUGCUUGGUCUGAUCCCCCUGGCCAUCUGCGUCACUUCUGGCGUCCACCUGUGGGUGCAGGAUUUGAUCCGAAAAGGACGAGACUUGGAGUGGUCUAGUGAGCAGGAACGUGGUGAAACCGCCACCAUCAACCUGAUCCCGGAGUCUGUUGAGUGGAUGAAUACUGCGAUUGGCGUUUUUUGGGGUAUGAUUAAUCCUGAAAUGUUCGCUGGUGUUGCAGAUACCAUUGAAGACGUCAUGGCAGCAUCUGUUCCUGGUGUUAUUGAGCACGUGCGAGUUGCCGAUAUUUCCCAGGGCAGCAAUCCUAUUCGAAUCCUCAAUAUGAGAGCCCUCCCCGAUUCUCAUGUCCAGGAUAUCAAGGACGAAAUACACAAGGAGAAUGAAAAGACAAUGGACGAAGACGAACUCGCGGCUGUCUCCCAAGCCGGGGCAUUCUACAACAUGGAAGUUUCGAUCGGGUACCAUGCAAAGCCUUCUGGAGCUGAUAUCGCCUCCAAAGCCCGCAACAUGGGCAUGCAGCUUGUGUUUUACCUCGGAAUCAAAGGUCUUUUCGGAGUCCCUCUUCCGAUAUGGGUUGAGCUGAUUGGUCUCGUUUGUACCGCACGUGUUCGACUGCAGCUUAGCCCUGAGCCUCCAUUCUUGAAGACUAUGACGAUAACGUUGAUGGGUAUUCCCAAAGUGCAAGCCGGCUGUACUCCAAUGCUUCAAAGAGGCGUCAACAUUUUGAAUUUACCCCUCAUCUCUAAUUUCGUAAAUUGGGCCAUCAAGGCUACAGCCUCCAUGUAUGUUGCUCCCAAGAGCUUGACUCUGGAUAUGAGCAAGAUGCUGCAAGGAGACGACAUCAAGAAGGAGACGGAAGCAUUUGGCGUCAUCUUCAUCAGAAUCCACAAAGCUACUGGCCUCAGCAAGCAAGACCAGCGUGGUAGCAAGGGUGGAGGUUCCGAUCCGUACAUCACUAUUAGCUGGAGCAAGUUUGGGAAGCCUCAAUUCUGUACCCGAGUCAUACAAGACAAUCUCAAUCCUGUCUUCGAAGAGACCUGCGGCUUACUAGUUACCAGUGACCUCAUCAAAGCUGAUGAGCAGCUAUCAGUGGAGCUUUGGGAUAGUGAUCGAUCGUCUGCUGAUGAUGAAGUUGGAAAAAUUGAACUAAGCAUCCAGGAGCUCAUCCAGCACCCCGGAAAGAUGUUCCAGCAUGUGUCUACGCUGAGCGGACUCAAACCUGACACCGUUAUGCCUGGUGAACUCCAUUGGGAAGUUGGAUUUUUCGGCAAGACGCAGUUCCGUAAAGCGCUUCGCACUGAUGGCCACAACGUUAAUGUGGUAAAAGAGCUUGGCGACAGACCCGAAUUUCAUGACGAAUGGGGCACCAUCCAAAACGAGGAGGAGGACGCCGCGGUCCACACUCCACCUGAUCCUCUUUGGCCAUCGGGUAUCCUCAGCGUUGUUGUCCAUCAGAUUGUGGGCUUGGAGCUAGCUAACGUCAAAGGCUCCAAUGGAAACCGCAAAGGCAGAGAGUAUGAGCCUGCAAGGCCAGAAGCCGGUGAAGUCAAGGAAGAGCAAGGCAAGAAACUGCCAAGCUCCUACUGCACCAUACUUAUCAAUGAUGAUUUGAUUUACAAGACACGAACCAAAGUAGUGUCAUCACAGCCAAUCUUCAAUGCAGGCACUGAGAAGUUUGUCCGGGAUUGGCGCUCUUGCAUUGUUACCGUUGCUGUUCGAGACUCUCGCAAUAGAGAGCACGAUCCGAUAAUCGGAGUGGUUCCCCUAAAGCUAUCCGAUAUCAUGCAAACCAACAGUGAGGUAACACGAUGGUAUCCUCUUGAUGGAGGUAUCGGCUUCGGCCGCAUCCGUAUCUCCCUACUCUUCCGGUCUGUUGAGCUCAGGCUGCCACCCCCACAGCUGGGCUGGGAUAUAGGAUCGUUUGAGUUUGUUUCCGAUACAAUCGUAGCUUCUAAUUAUGCGCCAGCUAGCCACGUUCGGCUCCGGCUACGCACUGGAGGCUCUACUGCCAAUGUGAAGAGGGAUCACUCUGUCCGUGAAGGAGAUAGCAUGGUGUUCAACAUUGGCGUUCCUGAAGGCGGCAAGAAGCUUCGACUACCGGUACGAUUCAGAUAUAAAUCACCAGUUUUCAUUGAAUUUCAUCCCGCCGGUAAGAGGGGGCCUGAUGCGUUUGCCGCGUUGUGGCUGCUGGAGCUGGUCGACAACCAAGAGCGAGAAUUCGACAUUCCGCUAUGGAAGUGCAACAAUCCCUUACGACUAUCUCAAAACUAUAUCACCGAGGAGAACUUUGCUUCUAUCCCUGAUUUGGAUAUUAAGGAGGUUGGACGCGUUCGAUUCAGAGGUCGCUUUUCUGCUGGUACAGACAUGGAUCAUAUUAGGUUUGUUAGCGACAGCGACUCUCGGGAAACGAUUGAAACUUGGGAGGCGUGUUAUGCGGAGGGCGUACGACAGCAAGAAGUCCAGCCCGAAGUUCCCGAGUUGGUGCAGAAGCUGCAUGAUGAAUCCUUAACGCAAGGCCGAGAUGUACUUGCACAUGCUGACGAGAAAGACAAAGAUCGCUGGCUUGCAAAAGAUGGUACUGAUUGGACCGGAGCAUUUGGCCAAGAUCCGCAAGACUUGAUGAACCAGCACAUGUCCAGCGCGGACACUGAAGGUCACGAGCACUUUGAGAUAGACACGGACGAGAAUGAUGAUGACGACGAAGAUGGGGAUGGGGCUAUCGGAAUGAGAAGGACAGAAACGGACCCAACCUACGGCUCAGCACCGUCUGAAGGUAGCGAAGACCGCCAUUCGUUGGAAUCAGCAGGGACUAACACUUCAAGAAAGAGUAACGCCAGCACUGGGAGUAAGAACCCCAUCAAGGCGUACAAGAAUUACAAAGAGAAGAGCCGUGAUUUACACCGCAAGCAACGUGGGCUGAUGCAGUGGCUUCCCAUGCGCAAUGCACGGUUUGCCAAAGAUGAAGCCAAGUAUGCAGUCCGUAAAGUCAAGAAGAUGGGGGCCUUGAAUGGGCGGACGCCAGAUGUGGAAUCUGAGAUAUAAUGUAACAGCGCCGCUGCAAGGACUUUCUUUUACUCUUUUCAUUUUCUUCAUGUUUUUCCUCUCUUAUUUCUAGUACCUUGUUUCUCCUUCUUUUUCUUCUCUUAAUUUUUGAUACCGCUACAGUUUACAUGUGCUAUUAUAUUAAAAGGAUAGGAAUCGCCCAAAUGGGCUUUGGACAACGAUUUAUGAAGUAUGACG